ACUUUCCUUUUGUAAACUUGGGCACACAAAUUUCCUUUCUAAAUUUUCCUUCAGACCCAGUUUUGAAUCUUCUCGUGGAGAAGCAGCUUCAGAAGACUGAUCACUCGGGCUUAUAAAUUGAGCAGCGCAGGAAUCUCGCUGCGCGUGCAUCAGUGCACGUUGUGUUUUCUUCUUUUUAAAUUUCCCUAUGCCUUUUGUCUUCUUGUUCUGUUUUGGCCUGGAAAAGCAGUAUCUCAGGUAAAGUUUCAGUGGCCCUGCUCCAUUUCUUUAUUAACCUCUGCCCAAAACAGAUACACGCACAUGACAGACGCGGAUAUGACAGACACGGAUAUUAUAUAUACAUGUAGUAUCUGUAUGGUAGAAUACACAUAUCCCUUUCGUUUCCUGUGUUUGCGGCGGCCGGGGGGAGUGGAGGAAACUGAGAAGAGGUAUUGCCACAGAGAGCACAGCAGAAAUGGAAGAGGGUCUGUUGUCAUGUUCAGGGGAAGAGAUCAUCAGGAGAGAAGAGAAGAGGGAUGGUGGUGAAGAUGCAGUGGUGGGAUGGGAGACGGUGGGUAGAGAGGUGAAGAGGUUGGGGUUCAUAGCAGCUCCCAUGGUGGCCGUCACGCUGGCGCAGUUCUUGCUUCAAGUGGUGUCCACCAUGAUGGUUGGGCACCUGGGCGAGCUCGCCCUCUCCAGCACCUCCAUAGCCAUUUCCCUCUCCGGCGUCACUGGCUUCAGCUUUCUUAUGGGAAUGGCUAGUGCAUUGGAAACACUAUGUGGGCAAGCUUAUGGAGCACAACAAUAUCGAAAACUCAGUGUUAAAACUUACACUGCUAUUUUUUCCCUCAUUUUGGUUUGUCUCCCUCUGUCUCUUAUAUGGAUCUAUAUGGAAAAACUACUCAUUUUCAUAGGCCAGGACCCUUUGAUUUCAAGUGAAGCUGGUAAAUUCAUAAGAUUGCUUGUUCCUGCACUCUUUGCUUAUGCAAUUCUUCAACCACUAGUCCGCUACUUCCAAACACAAAGUUUAAUCACCCCAAUGGUCAUAAGCUCAUGUUUGACUCUCGGUUUACAUAUUCCUCUCUGUUGGGUUUUAGUAUUUAAGUCUGGACUAGAAAAUCUUGGAGCAGCAAUGGCAAUAAAUAUUUCAUAUUGGUUGAAUGUGAUUUUUCUUGUUCUAUAUAUGAAGUACUCUUCAGCCUCUGCAAAAACCCGUGCAUCAGUUUCCAGGGAGGUGUUCCAAGGGAUUGGAGAAUUCUUCCAUUUUGCUAUUCCUUCUGCUGUAAUGAUUUGCCUUGAAUGGUGGUCAUUUGAGCUGCUAAUCUUGCUGUCUGGACUUCUACCAAAUCCAGAGCUUGAGACUUCAGUUCUGUCUGUCUGUCUAUCAACAAUUUCAACACUAUACACAAUACCUUUUGGGGUUGGCGCUGCUACAAGUACAAGAAUUUCAAAUGAAUUGGGAGCUGGGAACCCUCAAGCCGCUCGUGUGGCUGUCUACGCUGCAAUGCUUGUGACAGUCUUAGAGACGAGUAUAAUAAGCACAACCCUCUUUGCUAGCCGGAGUAUUUUUGGUUACACAUACAGUAACGAGAAGGAAGUUGUGGACUAUGUCACCUCUAUGGCUCCUCUAGUUUGUCUAUCUGUUAUAUUGGACAGCUUACAAGGGGUCCUUUCAGGUGUUGCCAGAGGAUGCGGUUGGCAGCAUAUAGGGGCUUAUGUCAAUCUUGGAGCUUAUUAUAUUUUUGGGAUUCCAAUUGCUGCCGGAUUGGGUUUCUGGUUACAAUUGAGAGGAAAGGGCCUCUGGAUUGGAAUACAAGCUGGUGCCGCUCUGCAAACUGUGAUGCUGGCUAUCAUAACAAGUUGUACAAAUUGGGAAAAACAGGCAACCAAUGCAAGGGAGAGGAUAUUUGAGGAAAGAUCUUCAGCAGGCAACUGAGAGGAGACCGCCAACGAGAAAUUAUUAGGUUAGACUGCUUAGUCACGCCAUAUUCUAGAUAACAAAUCAAAUUCUUGGAUUUUGUGAUGAUCGGGAGGACUUGCUAUAGACAACUAUCAGUUGAAAGGUGUCCAAAAUUUAAGGAUUUGAUAGGUUAGAUAGUCUAACCUAAUAAUAUUUUGAUUGCCAACAUGCUUAUUUUCUGAUGUUACGGUCCACAGGAGCUGCUUUCUGUCUAUUCUUUUUGACAGUAAAUGGCAUUCGCUUUUACUCAUUGAUGGAUGCAUGGGUGGAUCUCCCUGCUGUAUCACUGGGGCAAGACUCAUGGUGUAUUAUUGUAUUUUGUUGUAGGGAAAUAAAGGGAAGGAAAAGGUUACUGAUAAUCCCUUUUUAUUUAUUUGUAUGGUAGAAGAUUGAGAAGGGAAAUAAAAUUGGUGAGAAUGCAUUUUAUA